AUGAUUCAGAUCUCGCACUCUGGUCAGAUCUCGCACUCUGGUCAGAUCAAACACGAUAAAUGGGCAGCUGUUUGUGGACCACCUUUAAUUGAGAGGUUCAAUGAGGAGAUUGAAGCGAAGGGACUGAAUAAUCAGGUGUUUGUGAAUCCUUUCUCAUAUAUUGUGGGGAUCGAAUAUGCAGGGAACUUGAUAAUAUUCAGUGCAGCUAAAGAUGGAAAAGUCUCUGGUCAUUGGUAUGGUUAUGUCACCCCAGAUGAUGUGCCUGAAUUGCUUGACCAACAUAUCAUGAAGGGUGAGAUCAUUAAAAGGAUUUGGAGGGGCCAAAUGGGGAUCUCUGGUGUUAAAAACAAAAGCAUCACAGAGGAGGAAUAUGUUGAUUUCAGCGGCCAAAUGAGGAUCCCUGGUGUUACAAACAAAAGCAUCACUAGUGAGAAGGAAAAUGUUGAUUUCAGGAGCCAAAUGCCUAUUAAGGUCACGAGGACAAUAUGCCUAUUAAGACGGUAUUUACAAUCUGCGAAGACGCUCGUUUAAAUGAUGGAGACGUUCUAAUUUUUCCUGACAUGAUCUUGUACAGGAGCCAAAUGAGGAUCCCUGGUGUUAAAAACAAAAGCAUCACUAGUGAGAAGGAAAAUGUUGGAUCUUCACAAGACAAUGGAAGAAACUUGAUAUUUUUGCUGCCGUUGCUGUUGUCGGGGUGGUGGCAUCUGUAGCUGUGUCCUAUAGUCAGCUUAAAAGGUAUGUUGAAGCAGAUUUGCAGAAGAACCGGGCUAGGCUCACAUAACGUAUCAAUAUAUGGACGUGGCAGUAUGUCCCAACCGAACCAGUCCCAUUAUUUUAUAUUCUACGUGUAUAAAAUGUUUCGAAUUAAAAUGAGACGUGCUAUAUUAUUAUAAAAAGAACGUUAUUCUAA